AAGUGGCGGGUAGAGAAAGAAGGAAGCGCUGCAACGGGAGAAAAACUUCUAUCUUCGGAGUUACUACAUUCGGUGACAGCAGGCGAAAAUAUGUUUUUUUGUUGUUUAGAUUGAAUAAACUGCAUUUAUAUCUUUGUUGAAACCUGUUUUAUGUGUCGCUGGACCGCCGAAGACAAAAAAAAGUUUGUUGAGAAGCGUGGAGCCAGUCCGCCGCGUCUGAAACCAGCAUGACGAAGGAGGACGACAAAGCCAUUCCAGUCAGGGUUGCUCUUCGGUGCCGUCCACUGGUUCCCAAAGAAAUCAGCGAGGGAUGUCAGUGCUGCCUCACCUUUGUUCCCGGGGAACCGCAGGUGGUGGUGGGCAACGAUAAAGCCUUUACAUAUGACUAUGUAUUCGAUCCCACAACAGAGCAGGAGGAGGUGUUUAACACAGCCGUCUCUCCUUUAUUGUCUGGGCUUUUCAAAGGUUAUAAUGCCACGGUGCUGGCCUAUGGCCAAACAGGCUCUGGAAAGACUUUCUCCAUGGGUGGCACCUACACUUCAGCGCAGGAGAAUGAGCCUGUCGUUGGGGUCAUCCCUAGAGUGAUCAAGAGAAUCUUUCAGGAGAAAACCAAGAGGACAGACAGUGAAUUUAUAAUAAAUGUUUCUUAUCUUGAGAUUUACAAUGAAGAGAUUUUGGAUCUUCUCUGUACCUCAAAGGAAAAACCGGUUAUUAGCAUCAGGGAAGACCCAAAGGAUGGCAUUAAAAUUGUAGGCCUCACAGAAAAGGAGGUUUUCACUGCUCAGGAGAUGGUGGGCUGUCUGGAGCUGGGAAACUCUGCCCGUACUGUGGGCUCCACAGCCAUGAAUGCAGCCUCAUCCCGCUCCCACGCCAUCUUCACAGUUAACUUGGAGCAGCGUCGUGGAGGUGACAAGAGUGAUGUAGUGGUCUCCAAGCUGCACUUGGUAGAUCUCGCUGGAUCUGAGAGACAGAAGAAAACCAAGGCAGAAGGAGAUCGGCUCAAAGAGGGUAUCAGCAUCAACAGAGGCCUGUUGUCACUGGGAAAUGUGAUCAGUGCCCUUGGUGAUGAGAGCAAGAAGGGUACCUUUGUGCCUUACAGAGACUCCAAAUUGACCCGCCUGCUACAGGACUCCUUGGGAGGGAACAGCCACACCUUAAUGAUUGCAUGCAUCAGUCCUGCUGACUCCAACAUUGAGGAGACCAUCAACACGUUGCGCUAUGCAGACCGUGCCCGUAAAAUCAAGAACAAGCCUGUUCUAAACAUAGAUCCGCAGGCUGCUGAGAUGAAACGGCUUAAGCAGCAGGUUCAAGAGCUUCAGGUGAUGUUGCUGCAUGCCCGUGGAGGAGUAGCUCCUGUUCUUUCAGGGUCUGAGCCAGCUGAGAAUGUGUCUAAGAUUUUGGAGCAAAACCGCUGUCUGCAGGAGGAAAACAACAAACUGAGUCGAGAACUCGGUGAGGCUGUAGGACAGACUGCCCUCAUGUUUGAAAGGAUCAUUAUGACAGAGCAAACCAACGAGAAACUUCAGAGUAAACUAGAAGAACUGAGGCAGCAUGCUGCGUGUAAAGUGGACCUACAGAAGAUGGUGGAGACACUUGAAGAUCAAGAGCUGAAGGAGAAUGUGGAGGUUAUCCGCAACCUUCAGCACCUCAUCCUGGAGUUACAAAAUGAGAGUGCAGGGAUUGCAGCCACCAUAGAUGCCAUGGCGUCAGGCAAUUCUACAUCUCUGGAUGUUGACGGCGAAGGAAACUCUACAGACACAGCGAGUGGCAGUCCCGCCAGUGCCUCACCCCUGACCAGCAGUGCUGAUGCACAAAAAGACUCUCCUGAGGCCUACACUACCCAGCAUGCUCUGCGGCAAGCUCAGCUGUCCAAAGAGCUGAUUGAGCUCAAUAAGGUCCUCGCGCUGAAGGAGGCCUUUGUUAAGAAAAUGUGCCAGAAUGACAGUCACUUGGAACCCAUACAAACAGAACAUCAGGAAAACAUAAAAAGCCUGCAGACUGCGGUUGGAUCCUUGCAGAAAGAGAAGGAAGAACUGAUCCUGGCACUGCACUCUGCUAAGAAAGAUACCAAUCAGGCAAAAUUGAGUGAGCAACGCAGGAAGAGGUUGCAGGAGCUAGAGGGGCAGAUUACAGAGCUGAAGAAGAAGCUGCAGGAUCAGUCCAAGCUGCUCAAGCUAAAGGAGUCCUCACUGCGGAGCGUAGCUAAGCUCAACCAGGAGAUUCAGGCAAUGAAGGCCCAGCGGGUGCAGCUUAUGAGGCAGAUGAAGGAAGACUCUGAGAAGUUCCGUGUGUGGAAGCAGAAGAAGGAUAAAGAGGUCAUGCAGCUCAAAGAGAAGGAUCGUAAGCGGCAAUACGAGAUGCUGAAGCUGGAAAGAGAUUUCCAGAAACAGGCAAAUGUGUUACGCCGCAAAACUGAGGAGGCUGCUGCAGCCAACAAACGUCUGAAAGAUGCUCUGCAGAAGAGAAGUGAGGUAGCUGAAAAGCGUAAAGAUGUCCAGAACCGUGGCAUGGAGGGUGUGGCAAGCAGAGUCAAGGCAUGGCUGCUGAACGAAGUGGAGGUACUGGUCAGUACAGAGGAGGCCCGCCGGCACCUGCAAGACCUGCUUGAGGAUAGGAAGAUCCUGGCUCAGGAGAUUUCACAGCUCCGCCAGCAGAUGGAGUCUGGAGAGCGACCUGCGGCUAAAGUCCGGCGUCGUACCCUCACCAUCUCAGAGCUGGAGGGCAAGGGGGAUCUGGAGGCUUCCAUCAGUAAACAAGUGGAGAACCUGGAGACUGAGAUGGGACUCAGGAGUGCUCAGAUAGCUGACCUGCAGCAGAAGGUUCUGGAUGCUGAUAAUGAGGGACGCAUGAAACAGCGCUGGGACUCGAUCACCACCAUUGUGGAGGCAAAGAGCGCUUUGAAAAUCCUCAUGUCUGAGGUUGUAACUGCCAAAACAGCAAAUGCCAAGCUGGAGAGUGAACUGAAGCAGGAGCGAGCCAACCACGUGGACCUGCAGAAGGUGCUGUGUGAUGAGAGGAAGCUCAUGUCCACCAUGGAAAUGGAGCAUCAGAGCCAUCUGGUGGAAAUAGAGCAGAGACACCAAGAGAAAGUGUUGUAUCUCCUCAGCCAGCUCCAGAACAAGCCUAUAGCAGAGGAGCAGGAAAAGAAUGAGCAGGAGAUGUCUAAAAGGGAGAGAGAGCUGCUACAGCGCAUGAAAUUCCAGGAAGAAGAGAUUGAGAAGAUGCGGGAGCUCACUGAACAAAACCAGAAACUCAUGGAAGAGAAUGAACAAUACAAGCAGAAAUUACUUCUGGCUCAGCUGACUAGCGCUAAGAAAGUAGUUCCAGCUGUGUCUGAAUCUCCUGACACGUCAUUUGAAUAUAUCCCUCCUAAGCCCAAGGCCAAAAGCUACUCCACAGCCCGGGCACCUCUGCAGGAGCCCAUCAUUGACCUAGAUGAGCUGGUGUCCCCAUCGGAGUCUGAGAGGGAGGAGGAAGAGUGGCUCCCAGAAAAGAAGGAGAAAAGCCGACGAGGCCCCAGGAAAUCUAAAAUGACUGGGUGUGCAUGUAAGGGCCGCUGUGUCAAUAAACUGUGCCGCUGUCGGAAGGGAAGAAUGACCUGUGGUGAGAACUGUCUUUGUGACCACGAGAAGUGCCGCAACAUGGAGAACCGUGCUAAUGCGGAUAUGACUGAAAUAAAUGCGUCAAAGGACUCUGUUUCUGUUCCGGAAGACCCCACUGCUGUAAGCCCUCGAGAUGCCACCUUCUUCAGGCCUCCUUGCGUUCCGCCAACUAAAAAUGAAAUGGGAGACAUGGGCCAACUAUCCUCGGUUUUAAAGCUCGAGAAGAAACCAGUUCCUGCUGAUUUUGAUAGUGACAGUGAGGAAUUUGAAGAGACGAGUAUGCCAAGCUUUCUGAGGAAGAACAAACGAGGACUGAACAAUUUCAAGAACAGCUUUUUCUCUGGCUGUACUCCUGUUCGUGAGGAAUCUUGAGGUAGCAGAGGCAGGUAACCAAACCUGCUAACUGUCCUUUUUUAUGUCUGUUUUGUCUCUCUUUAUUUGUCUUUUCACUUCUUUGUCAGUGUCUUUUUUUAAUAUAGCUCUGUAAAAGUUUAGGUUCUGUCCACCACUGUCGUACUGUGGCAAAUAAUGGUUGCUUAUGCACUACUGGUUUGAUGAGUUAGACUGAUCAUAGAGCCUUUUAUGGACUUUUAACAGUAUGGAAGCAGACCAUCAGUCUUUUACAAAUGUACCUUUUUAGAUGCAAUUUCUGUGAAAAAUAGACU